GGAGGUGACGCGGCGGAAGCGGCGCGGGCCGGGCGGGGCCGGGCGGAGCGGCCAUGGAGCUCAGCGAGAUGCUCUACAACAAGUCCGAGUACAUCGAGACGGCCUCCGGGAACAAGGUGAGCCGGCAGUCCGUGCUGUGCGGCAGCCAGAACAUCGUCCUCAACGGCAAGACAAUAGUUAUGAACGACUGCAUCAUCCGCGGGGACCUGGCGAACGUGCGGGUGGGACGGCACUGCGUGGUGAAGAGUCGCAGCGUCAUCAGGCCGCCCUUCAAGAAGUUCAGUAAGGGGGUGGCUUUCUUCCCUCUGCACAUUGGUGACCACGUCUUCAUCGAAGAGGACUGUGUUGUCAACGCGGCCCAGAUCGGCUCCUAUGUGCACAUAGGCAAGAACUGUGUCAUUGGACGUAGAUGUGUUUUGAAGGACUGCUGCAAAAUUUUAGACAACACAGUACUGCCUCCUGAAACCGUAGUUCCACCUUUCACUGUCUUCUCGGGCUGCCCAGGACUCUUCUCUGGGGAGCUCCCGGAAUGCACCCAGGAACUCAUGAUUGACGUUACCAAGAGCUAUUACCAGAAGUUCUUGCCACUCACUCAGGUCUAGUAGCCCAUUUCCCAUGUUUCAGGCACACAGGAGCGUUCUGGGGGUGGGAGAGGGGUGUUGUGCAGCGAGGCCAGAGCCCUGCGCUCUGCUGAGCACCUCUGUGCUGGCAGGCAGUCCCUCGGGAAAGCUGCUGUGUCCCGUUCAAACCUUGUAUGCUCAUCCAGUGUACUCCAUUCCACGUUGUCUGAAUUGUGCCACUGAAUGUUCUGGAGCUGGGAAAGCUGAAACACCUGCCUCAGGGCGGCAGCUGGGGAAUGAGGCAGAGCUGACACGUACUCCUCAGCCUGUCCACUCGGUUCUGGCCUAACCCAAAGACAGGCUUAGGUUUGCUAGGAGCAGUCUCCCUCCCAGCAGGGCUGUUCUGGGUGCUCUGGGCACUUAGCAGGGUUCAUUAGACCCAGGCCUUUCCUUUGGCACAGUACUUGCUUCCCAUGGGCCUGCAUGCUGAGGUGCAUGGCCUCCUCCUUUUCUCCCUGGGAUUCCCUCCAGGCGUUCAUCAUCCUGCUGUUGGCUUUUGGAGUUUUGGGUGACACUGGCACCUGUCUUUCUGUGCCUGACAGGAUGUUUCUUAGCUUUUAGCUCCUGAAGCAGCCUGACCUCAGUCCUGUGCUCUCACCC